CCCUCCCUUCAUCCAUCCCUCCGACAGACAGAACCCGACCCCCCCUCCAAAAAAAAAAAAAAAAAAAAGCCCAGGCUGUUCAAGCUGCUGCCGAGAGCGCGAUGGAGAGGAUUUUAUCACGCAGGGACGGACGCCACGACGGAUGCGUGGAGCUGCGGGACGCUUUCAACAGGAGAUGCGUUCAAUGCGGGCGCGGGGACUCGGCGCGCGGCGGCACGAUGCGGAUCAGGACGGGGAUGGUUUUCUGGAAUCUCUUCUUUUCACUGAUGCUCACUUGUGUGAAAGGUUUUAUCCACACGUGUGGAGGCACAUUAAAAGGGAGGAACGGGACAAUAGAAAGCCCCGGGUUUCCUUACGGAUAUCCAAAUGGAGCGAACUGUACCUGGGUGAUUGUUGCUGAGGAGGGGAACAGGAUUCAUAUAGUUUUUCAAUCGUUCGCUGUGGAGGAGGAAUAUGACUUUUUAUCUUUGUACGACGGGCAUCCACACCCGGCUAACUUCAGGACGAGGUUAACAGGAUUCACCAUCCCUCCGCCUGUUACCAGUUCUGGCUCCAUUUUUUCGUUGAGGCUUACCAGUGAUUUUGCAGUAAGCGCUCACGGAUUUAAGGUAGCUUAUGAAGAGCUGAGAAGUAGCUCGUGUGGAAACCCAGGAGUUCCUCCUAAAGGCAUCCUGAAUGGGACCCAGUUCAACAUCGGUGACAAGAUCCGCUAUCGGUGCGUCACCGGCUACGUCCUGGAUGGACAUUCACUCCUCACCUGUGUGACCACUGCAGCUGGGGUGUCAGUGUGGGAUUUCCCGGUGCCAAUCUGCAGAGUUGUGUUGACAGGAAUGAAUAUUCCAGCACCAAUCAUCAGCAACAAAAACUGGCUGCGGCUGCAUUUUGUAACGGAGAGCAACCACCGCCACAAAGGCUUCAGGGCUCAGUAUCAAGUGAAAAGCUCUGGAGAGCUUAAAUCCAGAGGCGUAAAAUUAUUACCAGGAAAGGACAACACUAACAAACUGUCUUUAAUGAAUGAAGGGGGGGUCAAACAGGUGUCUAACUACUGUCCUGACCCGGGGGAGCCGGAGAACGGCAAACGGAUCGGUUCUGACUUCAGCAUCGGAGCAACUGCUCAAUUUACCUGCGAUGAGGACCAUGUGCUGCAAGGUUCCAAAACGAUUAUCUGCCAACGCGUAGCCGAAGUCUUCGCAGCUUGGAGCGACCACAGGCCCGUCUGCAAGGUGAAAACGUGUGGGUCAAACCUGCAGGGACCAUCGGGGACGUUUAUGUCGCCAAACUUCCCCAUCCAGUAUGAGAGUAACUCCCAGUGUGUGUGGAUCAUCACAGCCAGUGACCCCAACAAGACUCGCUCUAUAGCGGUUUUUAAAACGUUUGGGCAUAACGAGUGCCCCGACCCCGGCAUACCUUUGAACGGCCGGCGCUUUGGGGACAAUUUCCAGUUGGGCAGCUCCAUCUCUGUGGUCUGUGAGGAAGGCUUCAUCAAGACACAAGGAGCCGACACCAUCGCAUGCCAUCUAGAAGAGGCGAAGGUGAUGUGGAGCGGACUCAUUCCCAAAUGUGAAGCUCCUUGUGGGGGGCACUACUCAGGGCCAUCUGGUGUCAUUCUCUCCCCGGGGUGGCCAGGCUACUACAAGGACUCCCUGAGUUGUGAGUGGGUCAUUGAGGCUGAGCUGGGACGCUCCAUCAAGAUUAGCUUUGACAGAUUUCAAACAGAGCUCAGUUAUGAUUUCCUGGAAGUGCACGACGGCCCGAACCUGCUCUCGCCUCUGAUUGGUUCAUUUAAUGGCACUCAGGUGCCUCAGUUCCUGUUCAGCAGCAGCAACUUCCUGUAUCUGCUGUUCACCACUGACAACAGUCGCUCAAAUAGUGGCUUCAAGAUCUUCUAUGAAGUGGUCACAUUGGACACAUAUUCCUGCAUGGAUCCUGGUAUCCCGGUGAACGGUGUGCGGUUGAACCAUGACCUGUCCAUUGGCUCCACGGUGUCCUUCCAGUGCGACCCAGGAUACAGACUGAGCCACGACGAGCCUCUGGUUUGUGAAAAGAACCACUUCUGGAGUCAUCCCCUGCCUACAUGUGAUGCAUCAUGUGGUGGGGAUAUCCAAGGACCAUCUGGGAUCAUCUUGUCACCAGGCUUCCCAGAGCUGUAUCCAAACUCUUUAAAUUGUACCUGGACUGUUGAAGUCAACCAUGGGAAAGGUGUCCAGUUCACUUUUCACUCCUUCCACCUGGAGGACCAUCACGACUACCUCCUGAUAACAGAAAAUGGCAGCUUUGCUCAGCCCCUGGCUCGACUCACUGGCUCGGAGAGACCGGCACCGGUUAACGCCGGCCUGUACGGCAACUUCAAGGCCCAGCUGCGCUUCAUUUCUGACUUCUCCAUAUCUCUACAGGGGUUCAACAUCUCCUUCUCGGAGUACAAUCUGGAGCCCUGUGAGGAUCCUGGAACGCCUCGGUUUGGCUGGCACACAGGCUCCAGGUUUGGCAUCGGCGAUUCGCUGCUGUUCUACUGCAACACGGGCUACCGCCUCCAGGGGGCGAGGGAGAUUGUGUGCUUGGGGGGUGGCCGCCGCAUGUGGAGUGCCCCUCUGCCAAGGUGUGUGGCGGAGUGUGGAUCCACAGUCUCGAACAAUGAGGGAGUGCUUUUGUCUCCAAACUACCCGAUGAACUAUGACAACAGCCAUGAAUGUGUGUACAGCAUACAGGUCCAAACGGGCAAAGGCAUCAACAUCACGGCCAGCACCUUUCAACUUGCACAAGGUGACAUCAUCAAGCUUUAUGAUGGUAAGGAUGGAGCAGCUCCCCUCCUCGGCACUUAUACAGGCACAAUGAUGCAAGGCCUGUCCCUUACCAGCACUUCCAACUAUUUGUGGCUUGAAUUCUACUCGGACCACGAGUCGACGGCAGUGGGGUUCCGCCUCAUGUACCACAGUUUCGAGCUGUCUCACUGUGAUGAUCCAGGGGUCCCUCAGUUUGGCUUCAAAAUCAGCGACCAGGGACACUUUGCAGGAAGUUCCAUCACGUUCGGCUGUGAACAAGGUUACACUCUGCACGGGAGCGCCUUACUUAAGUGCAUGACUGGGGAAAGAAGAGCCUGGGACAACAACCUCCCCUCAUGUAUCGCGGAAUGUGGCAGCAGUUUUAAGGGUCAGUCCACAGGCCGGAUCCUUUCUCCGGGGUAUCCCUUUCCCUAUGAUAACAACUUGAGGUGCACCUGGACUAUUGAGGUCAACUCUGGCAACAUCGUCAGUCUGCAGUUUCUUGCCUUCGACACCGAGGCAUCUCAUGACAUUUUGAAGGUGUGGGACGGGCCUCCUGAAAACGAGAUGUCUCUGAAGGAGGUCAGCGGUUCGCUGCUGCCGGAGGGAAUCCAUUCCACCCUCAACAUCGUCACCAUUCAGUUCGAAACAGACUUUUACAUCACCAAGUCUGGGUUUGCCAUCGACUUCUCCAGUUCUCUUGCAACAGCCUGCAGAGAUCCAGGUAUCCCCAUGAACGGCAGUCGCAACGGAGAGGGGCGGGAGCCCGGCGACUCCGUGACCUUCUCUUGUGAUCCGGGUUACGAGUUGCAGGGAGAGAGCAAGAUCACCUGCAUUCAAGUGGAAAACAGAUACUACUGGCAGCCCAGCCCUCCAAGUUGCAUCGCUCCAUGUGGAGGGAAUGUCACUGGGUCGUCUGGAUUCAUCCUAUCUCCCAACUACCCACACCCCUACCCGCACAGCAAAGACUGCGACUGGCUCAUUACAGUUCACUCUGACUAUGUCAUUUCCCUGGCUUUCAUCAGCUUCAGCAUCGAGCCCAACUAUGAUUUCUUGUACAUCUAUGACGGACCCGACAGCAGCGCCCAUCUGAUUGGCAGCUUCCAAGACAGUAAACUUCCCGAGAAGAUCGAGAGCACUUCUAACUUCAUGUACUUGGCAUUUCGUAGUGAUGGCUCUGUGAGCUACACUGGCGUGCAUUUGGAAUACAAAGCAAAACUGCGGGAGGCCUGUUUUGAUCCCGGGAAUGUAAUGAACGGCACUAGAAUGGGCACGGACUACAAGCUGGGAUCUAUGGUGACAUUUCAUUGCGAGGCGGGCUACCUGCUGCAGGGCCAUUCUACCCUGACAUGUGUCAUGGGCAACAGCAAGAGACCUGAAUGGGACCGAGCCAAACCCAGUUGUCAAGCUCCGUGUGGAGGUCACUUUACGGGUUCAGAGGGAACCGUUUUGUCCCCGAACUACCCACAUAAUUACAGCAGAGGUCAGAGCUGCAUCUAUGACAUCUUUGUUCCUGGAGACUUUGUGCUCUUCGGUCAGUUUGUCGUGUUCCAGACUCUGCCCAGCGAUGUGGUUGAGAUCUACGAUGGAGCCUCAGCAGACUCUGUCCUCCUCUCAUCAAUAUAUGGAUCCCACUCAGUUCCCUGUGGUGGGGUGCUGACUGAGCGCCGCGGUACAAUCCUUUCUCCUGGAUACCCAGAAACGUACUCCAACUAUCUGAAUUGUGCUUGGAGAAUCUCUGUCCCUGAAGGAGCCGGCAUACAAAUACAAGUUGUGACCUUCGCCACAGAACACAACUGGGAUUCUCUGGACUUUUUUGAUGGGGUUGAUGCCAAUGCUCCAAGGCUUGGUAGCUACUCAGGUACAACGAUCCCCCAGCUGUUAAACAGUACAUCCAACAACCUGUACUUGACCUUCCAGUCUGACAUCAGUGUGUCUGCUGCUGGUUUCCACUUGGAGUACACAGCAAUAGGUUUGGAUUCGUGCCCAGAGCCGGUGCCACCCAGUAACGGUCACAAAGUGGGGGAUCGCUACACCGUGGGUGACAUGGUUUCCUUCCAGUGCGAUCAAGGAUUUUCUUUGCAGGGCAAUGCAUAUAUUACCUGCAUGCCUGGCCCCGUCAGGAGAUGGAAUUACCCCGUACCUCUGUGUAUAGCUCAGUGUGGAGGUUCUAUGACAGACUUCAGUGGUAUCAUCCUCAGCCCUGGCUUUCCAGGGAAUUACCGGAGCAGCCUGGACUGCACCUGGAGAGUUCAACUCCCUGUUGGCUUUGGGAUCCAUCUGCAGUUUCUGAACUUCUCCACAGAGCCCGUUCAUGACUAUUUGGAGGUGCGCAGUGGGACCCUGGAGACAGGAACAGUGAUUGAUCGGUUCAGCGGCCCUUUGGUACCCAAUUCUCUCUUCAGCACCACCCACGAGACCACUCUCUUCUUCCACAGUGACUAUUCCCAGAACAAGCCUGGUUUCCACAUUGUCUACCAGGCAUAUGAGCUGCAGAGGUGUCCUGACCCACGUCCAUUUCGUAACGGCAUCGUGAUUGGUCAGGACUACAGCGUGGGGAUGACCAUUUCAUUCGAGUGCCUGCCAGGUUACACUCUUCUGGGAGAGCCAUCUCUCACAUGUUUACAUGGAGUCAGCAGGAACUGGAACCACCCAAUACCUCGCUGUGAAGCGCUCUGCGGUGGAAAUAUAACAUCCAUGAACGGAACGAUUUACUCUCCCGGACACCCUGCCGAGUAUCCACACUUCCAGGAUUGCAUGUGGACCGUCAGAGUACCUCCAGGUUAUGGCAUCUACAUAAACUUCUCUGUUAUUAAUACGGAACCAAUCUACGACUACAUCACUGUUUGCCAUGUGCCAACAAUGGUCCUCUUGCUGUCUGCAGCUGUGUCGUGCGGCGUGCCCACGGCGCCAGUGAACGGAGGUGUGCUUGCUGCUGAUUACUCCGUCGGCACACGGGUGACCUACUUCUGCAACAGUGGCUACCGGCUCUCCUCCAAAGAACUGACGACCACAGUCUGCCAGCCAGACGGCACCUGGAGCAAUCACAACAAGAUACCUCGGUGCAUCGUGAUGACGUGUCCCAGUCUUAGCUCCUUCUCUCUGGACCACGGUCGGUGGAGGAUAGUCAAUGGGUCGCACAACGAGUUUGGGACUAAAAUAAUCUUCACAUGCAACCCCGGAUACUAUCGUGUCGGCCCGGCUCACAUCCAGUGCCUGGCCAAUGGAGUGUGGAGCUGGAGAAACGAGAGGCCGAGAUGCAGAAUCCUUUCCUGCGGCGAUCUUCCUACGCCUCCGAAUGGGAAGAAAAUCGGGACUCAAACUACCUUCGGAGCAUCGGGUAUUUUCAGCUGUAACCUUGGCUACGUUCUAACUGGGUCUACUGUCAGAGAGUGUCUCCUGUCGGGCCUUUGGAGCGGGAUGGAGACCCGCUGCUUGGCUGGUCACUGCGGCGUUCCAGAGCUAAUUGUGAACGGGCAGGUAAUCGGGGAAAACUUUGGCUACAGAGACACGGUGGUCUACCAAUGCAACCCUGGGUUUAGACUCAUUGGGUCCUCCGUACGGAUCUGUCAGCAGGACCACACCUGGUCUGGAUUCCUCCCAGUCUGCAUCUCCGUCACAUGUGGCCACCCUGGCAGCCCCAUCUAUGGCCGUACCACAGGCGAUGGCUUCAACUACAAUGAUGUUGUGCGCUUCUCCUGCAACAAAGGCUACACCCUGGAGGGGCCCUCCACUGCUCAGUGCCAGGCCAACCGCCAAUGGAGCCAGCAGCCUCCGACAUGCAGAGUGGUUAACUGCACAGAUCCAGGUAUUCCUGCCAACUCCAUCCGGGAGAGUAAGAUUGAACAUGGGAACUUCACAUUCGGCAGCGUGGUGUUCUAUGACUGUAACCCCGGACAUUAUCUGUUCGGCUCAUCGGUGCUGAGCUGCCAACCAAUGGGCCACUGGGACAAACCUCUUCCAGAGUGCAUCGAGGUGGACUGCGGCCACCCAGGCACCCCGCCUCACACGCUAAUGACUGGAGACAAGUUUACAUUUGGAUCCACCACGCGUUACUCCUGUCUCGGAGACCAUCAACUUAUCGGAGAAUCAUCACUCACCUGUCAGCUGAAUGGUCACUGGAGCAGUCCGCUGCCUCACUGCUCAGGAGACACUUCGGGUACCUGUGGGGAUCCUGGCACGCCUGCCCAUGCCAGCAGGGAAGUGAUGGGCAACUUCAAAGUGCGCAGCAAGGUGCGCUUCACCUGUGCAGUGGGACACACAUUGUAUGGCUCAGCAGAGAGGAUCUGCUUCCCCAACGGGACAUGGUCGGGCAAACAGCCAUUUUGCAAGCCCAUGCAGUGCGGGAACCCAGGUACCCCUGCUCAUGGACGCAUUUCCCGUGUGGACGGCACAACGUUCUCCCACUCCAUUGUGUAUUCGUGUACGGAAGGAUAUUUCCUCAUGGGUUCGCCAACACGUCAAUGUCUAGCAAAUGGGACCUGGUCUGGCUCCGCUCCAAAUUGCACAAUGAUCACCUGCGGUGAGCCUGGGAUUCCAGCGAAUGGACUCAGAUUUGGUGAUGACAUCACUGUGGGCCAGAAUGUGACGUUCAUGUGCCAACCAGGGUAUGUGAUGGUUGGAGGAGAAAGCAUUGUCAGUAGGACUUGCACCAACAAUGGAACCUGGAGCGGAGCCAUGCCAAUGUGUCAAGUGGUGACAUGUCCCACGCCACCCUCCAUACCUAACGGCCUCCUGGAGGGUUCAGUCCUGGAGUGGGGGGCCAGUGUGAGCUAUAGCUGUCUGCCCGGCUACGAGCUCUCCUUCCCUGCUGUGCUUACCUGCACAGGCAACGGGACGUGGAGCGGAGACCUGCCUCAGUGCUUGCCCAAGUUCUGUGGAGAUCCAGGUGUGCCCGCCAGAGGACGGAGAGAAGGACGUAGCUUCAUCUUCAAGUCGGAAGUUACAUUUACCUGCAGCGCCCCCUACAUGCUGGUAGGCUCAGCGACACGCCUGUGUCAGGAUGACAGCACUUGGAGUGGGUCUCAGCCUCGAUGCAUAGAGCCCACGAGAACUGCAUGUGAGAAUCCAGGAACACCUGAGCAUGGGUUCAUGAAUUACACCACAGGCUUCAAGGUGGGCAGCAGAGUAGACUUCCAGUGCCAGCAGGGACACAUUCUGCAGGGCUCCACCACCAGGCUGUGUCUGCCCGAUCUCACCUGGACUGGUGUCCAGCCUGCCUGUAUCUCUCACUCCUGCAAGCAGCCGAAGAGCCCAGCCAAUGCUGACGUUAUGGGUCUGGACCUGCCCUCCUACGGUUACACCCUGGUGUACACCUGUCAGCCGGGUUAUUUCCUCUCCGGGGGUUCGGAGCAUCGUGUCUGCCGCUCUGACGGCAGCUGGACUGGCAAGGUGCCUGUAUGCAGAGUCGGAUCAAAGUCACAUGAGAAAAUUGUCAAACACGUCCCAGGGACACCAAGCCCCAAGCUGAAAGUUCCUGACGAUGUGUUUGCUCCUGAUUUCAUCUGGAAAGGCUCCUAUGACUACAAGGGCCAGAAGCAGCCGAUGAGUCUGACCGUCACAAGCUUUAACGCCACAAGUGGAAAAGUCAAUGUAACUUUAACAGACAGUAGCAUGGAGUUUCUGCUCUCUGGAGUCUACAAACGUCAGGAGGCCCGGUUGAUGCUCUUGCUGUACCAAAUGAGAGCGCUAGCCUACAGCUCCUUAAACAGGAUUACUGAGGAGAACUGGACAAUGGAUGGAUUUGUUUCUGCUGAGCCUGAGGGGGGGAGCUACGUGUUCCAGGGCUUCAUUCAGGGCAAAGACUUUGGACAGUUUGGACUGCAGCGACUUGGCUUGACUCUGAGAGAGAACGUGACCCUCCCGGACCCCGAACCCAACGGUUCCACCAACAGCAGCUCCGUUGCUGUUGCUAUUCUUGUGCCUUUCUUCGCCCUCAUCUUUGCAGGCCUCGGCUUUUAUCUCUACAAGCAGAGAAAAACAGAUAAAGCGCAGUACACGGGAUGUUCUGUCCACGAGAACAACAACGGGCAGGCGACGUUCGAGAACCCCAUGUACAACACAAACACGAAAGCUGCUGAGGGGAAAGUGGUGCGCUUCGACCCCAACCUCAACACUAUCUGCACCAUGGUUUGAUGUCCGCUGCUCGUCUCGCAACACGAGCGAGGAGACAACUUGUUAAAUUUUACGCCGCAACGUAGAGGCUGAUUUCCUCACGCCCUGCUGAUUUGCAGCAAAGACGCAGUUUUGCUCAAAACAUAAAGCACACUUUCAGCAACAAUUAUAAAUGUUGCAAAUAUCUGCAUUCAUAACAUGAAAUAUG